AAUUUUUCCGGUCCCUAACGACCGGGAGUUUGGCUCUCUCGUCUGUGGAGAAGAAGGCUGCCCGCGAAGACGCACCAGGAAGAGAGUCUCCGGUGCGUGGACGCUGUCCCGGGGGACUUGGAGGGAAAGUGUCGCCCGUCGCCGGCGACAAUAGAAUUGUCCUCCCCGGCGGCGCGGCGAGACGGCGGGGACGGCAUAUAAGCCCCGGGACGAGGACUACCACACACCAGAGCCUCCGGCCCGGACGACGAGACCGCCUGCCCACGCACCGUCAGCCAGGCGUCCCCCGCGAUAAUGAAGAGCCAAAUUUUGUCAACCACAUCACUGCUGCUGUUAGUGCUUUUCAGCAUCGUCUGCCAUGCAGUACCCAAAAAAUACGAUGUAACAGGAGGCUUCGUUCCCACGUACCUGAGCGAGCAGCAGGCGGACCCAGAGAACCUGCCUGGCCGGCUGGUGAGAAGCGAGAUUGAAACAGGCGCGGUCGCUCACGGCAAAGAGCUCACGAAAGAACCCAAGUUUGGUUUCAUCUCCUACGGCGGCUCUGGACAGGGCUACGGCACCGGGGUGCAGACGGGCGGUCUGAAGAUCGACCUGGGGGGCGUGGUGCUGGGCGCCCUCAUCGGCCUGGGGGCAGUGCUCAUCAUCCCCAAGCUGCUGACCGUGGUCGAGAAGCCCGUGCACGAGGGCUACCACACGUACGGGGGCUACGGCGGAUACGGUCGCAGUCAACCCAGAGAUCUUCAGCCUCUUGGCGAGGAGAGCGCGCCCACCAACAUCACUUCGGGCGUCAUGCGCCUCCUGACCCAAGUGGAUGACGCCCUGUCGAAGCACAACAUCGACUCCACGUCGUGCAUGCAGCGGGCAGUGUGCUCAUACGUCAAGUCCGCGACCCACAAGGUGGCCGAGGGGUCGGCCACGAGCCUCGACUCCAUCGUCGACACGGUCACCAGAAACACGAUGCUGUCAGUGAUGCUGGACGGCUCCAGUCUGAAGCAGGCCCUGGAGAUGGGUCAGCAGGGCGCCAACUGCGGGGCGACGUUCCCCAAGUGCCCGUUCAACAAGGACACCGUCUACAUCGCGCUGAAGAGCAUCCUGCCCGAGUGAACUGUGUCGUCCCUGGCCGGCCGGCCGGCCGGCCCACCCGUGAGCUCCAGCUUUCAUUAAGUGAAACAGUCACCCACGAGCUUAAUUAGCAAGAUAUGAGGGGCCUACGUGAGGAUUUUGGCACUUUCUGCUCAUUCUGAUGAAAUACUCUUUAUGCUAUCAGGAUGAUCAUGUUAGAAUUUGUCAAUACAUGUAUGUACAAACAGUAUUUAAAUAAAGUUUAUUUUGUAAGAAAA